AUGUCGUCCUCACCAACCUUAGAUGGAUCUGACCAUCCAGCCCAUUCUUCAGGACAGAGUCCUGAGGCCGGGAACCCCGCGAGUCUUGCUCGCUCUGUACCUGCUUCAGUCUGCCCUGUCAAGCCCGAUAACCCAGAGAGCACUGAACCUGAAGCUGCGACGGCCUGGAAGGCUUCAGAUGGAUUCCAGAUAAACUCUGAAAAGAAAGACCACCUUUCUCUCCAGGGCCAUUCUCCUUGUGCUUCUGCAGCAGCCCAGAGCCCAGCCAUGCCUUUACAGCGUUCAUCUGAAGAAGCAGGUGUUGCCGACAGCCUGGAGGUAGCUGCUGAAAGAAGCACCCAGGGCCUCCGAUUUCAUCUCCACACGAGACAGGAAGUGAAUUUAUCCAUCACGACUACCAGGAUGCAUGAACCACAAAUGUUUGUAGGUGAAGAAGGUUGGCAUCCAGAAAAUCAGAACCCGAGUCAAGUGAACGACCUCCAGCAGCACCAAGAACCAGAGAACGAGCAGCACGAGGCGGUCCCACGGGACGCUCCGUGUGACACAGGGGACCUUGAACUUCCUGGAGAAAGGCAGCAGAAACAGGAAGUUGCUGACUGGGAAGCCACGAUGAGAGGCGGUCAUCUGCAGCAGAAUGCGGGUCUUCCAGAUCCAGGGGAGGGCGCCCUCCCUUCCGGACGCUGUGGCUGCUCGAACUCAGAAACACUUAUGGAAGUGGGUGCAGCCGAACAGUCCCUGGUUGCUGCGCUGAGUUCCGCAGGCAGGCAGAAUGCCAGUGUCGGGAAUGGCAGUGCGUCUGAUCUCACUUUGGGGAAUCCCUCCAUGGAAGUAGAGCUAUCACCAUGCAGCCCUUCGUCUGAGAUCUUGAAUGGUUCCAUCCCCAUUCAGGACCUGCAGCCCCCAGAAGGUAGUGUGGAGAUGCCUGGGACAGACAGCGAAUACGGCGGCCGUGCCUCCUCCUCCAGUGUCUGUGGCGGUAGUCAGCCCCCUGCAGAGUCCGCAGAAGAAUCUUGUUCAUCUAUAACGACAGCCUUGAAAGAACUUCAUGAACUUUUGGUCAUUAGUAGUAAACCAGCGGCAGAAGCUGCAUGUGAAGAGGUCAUGUGUCAAUCAGAAGGGACAGCUGAGGGGCAGCCGUGUAACAACCUUUCUGCAAGAUGGACCGAAAAUGAGCGUCGGACCCAGGAUGAGGCGCGGCCACAGGUGUCGCGUGAGGCCAUACCUGUGUCUGUGAAGACAGAAAAAUUAACAGACACUUCACCUGACACCGGAAUAGAAGAUGGAGAAAAUACUACCUUCCAAGGUCCAGGUGGUGGCCUGUCAACUCAUAACGGUGCCCCCAGGUCUGGGGGCUCAGUGCACGAGAGCCGUUCUGUCACUGUAACCGCAGCUGAAACAUCUAGUCAAUCACACUGCACCUUAGGUGUGGAAAUUUCACCCGGACUUCUAACAGGUGAGGGGGAUGCACUCAGUCAGACUUCCGAGCAGACUAAGUCUUUGCUGGUUAAAGACUUGGGUCAGGGCACACAGAACCCAGCACCAGACAGGCCUGAGACCAGAGAAGACGUCUGUCGUGACGCUGCACGACCAUCUCUUGAAGUUGAACCACCUACCAGCCAUUCAUCGUCAAGGCCCUGCAUUCUGCCACCCUUAGGUUUUCCUGCAGCUGAUGUUGACCGGAUUCUCCGUGCCGGCUUUACGUUGCAGGAAGCGCUUGGGGCUUUGCAUCGGGUCGGUGGAAACGCAGACCUUGCACUUCUUGUUUUGCUAGCAAAGAACAUUGUAGUCCCUACAUAACUGUGGAAAGUGGGCUAGACCGUACUCCAUUCCCUUAAAAAAUGCUCUUUCUAUACACACACAUACACACACACACACUCACCACACAUACAGUAUGUGUUGAAACCUGCAAGCAGAAUGUUGAGCCAGAUUUUUUUUUUUAAUGAUUUUUUUCGGCCAAAGUAAUUUAUGAUCACUUGUCUGAUGAAUUUGUCUCUUCUACUUGUUAAAAUUUGAACCUUUUUAAAUGUAUUGGCAGUAUGUGCAUACAGAAGCUUUUUAUUCUCAUUAAGAUGAUGUAUUCUGGAAUAAAAUGGAUGGUUUUGUGUAUAGCAUACCAUUUUAGAAUGAGAGUGAAUGCUUUGAAAGGCAGAAGCAAUGAGAAAUCCCGCCACCCAUGUAGCUAAAAACACUGCUUGUGUGUCUGCUGUAGGCAAGGAGUGGCUUGCUGACUCGGUCAUAGUUGGGUGUUUGGAAUUAUACCCAGUGCUGUAUGUAUUGUGGUUCAUUAAUUAUUCCAGGAAGUUGAAGAAUAAUUGAAUACUAUCUCCUGGAGUGGUGUGGUUUUUAUCUGUUGCUUAGGAUUUGGCAUUUUAAUAGGGUGCGUGGGGAGGGUUUAAAACUUGGGCUGCUUUGUGCAUCGCAGGCUGCUGCAUGGACUGAUUGCCAAAUAUCCCCUUCACCUUGAAGGGGAUGUAGUGGGGAAAUGAACGUUAGAGUGAAACAUGGUGCUACCCUGAUUUUAAAAAGGUGAUGGGGGCGGGAGGAAAACCUGGAAUUCCAUUUCCAAAUGUCAAGAACUGUGAGUGAAAGUUAACGGCCAAGACACUGGAAUUCAUUAGAGAUUGGGUUUGCUAGCUUCUCGCUGAUAACACCUCAGCCGUUACUAAUGAUGGACUGCAGUUGACUGCCAGCAGCUUAUUUGCUUCCUAAACUCGCCUAGGAAGUCCUUCAAACGCUUGCUGUGAGCUGUGAUUUGAGUGAAACACUGAAGUGUGGUAACCAUGUCCCUGGUUCAUCUUGGUUCUUGGAAUGGUCCGUCUGGCUGGUGAGUGGCCUUCGUGGCAGUGAGGGUAAUGGCGGUUUCUGACGCAAGUGGCCUUGGUAGAGUUUUCUCAUCCUUUUCUUUCCUCAGGAGUUUCUUUUUUAAGCAAGAUUCAUCGUAUUUGUGUUGACCAUGUCGAGUUAGAGUGGGGCACACUGUACAGAUGAUGUAUUUAUUGUGGCCUUUUUUUAUACAAGGACUAGCCCUUGGAAAUCCUUGUCCUGGGGGCCCCACUGUGCAAUAACCCUACUGGAUAGAUCUUAGUGAUUCUUCCUUGAAAAAAUAAACUGCCCUCCUAGGUACCUAGUGAGAAUCAGAAACUUGUGUUUUGAGAAUGAUAAUUCCUGACUCCAGGUUGUAUGAACAGACUUCGAAAGAAUAAUUUUUGAACUUCAGUGAUUUUGUCUGAGUUCUGUUUGAAAGCUUGUUCUUUGCAUCGGAGUUCCACUCAUUGAGCGCAGUCACAACGGAGGCUCUUAUCUCAGGAGUUGGUGAGGCUUUGAUGUAGGGGCAUUUAGAGGCUGUUCCUGUCCCCCCGAUGCAGUUUCUGUCUCCUUUUGCUAUGGUGUGUGUGCAUGUGUGCUGUGAGACUUCAGUGGUGUGGUGGGAAGCUCCAUCGCUUCGCGUGACCUUUGUGACGUUAGGAACAGGUUGAGGGAGAGAGCUGCUGCCCCCUGCUUUCCAGAGGGCGCUCGGAGCAGCGGCUUGGCCAGGUUGUCUUUCAGAUGUUCUUUUAGACAAUCACACGUUGUAGACCCUUUGGCCUGUCCUGCACCAAAGACGUAAGAUGCACUAGGAAACUGCUUACAGGAUUUCUGUCCACCAGUUCUUAGAGCUGUGAUUGUAAUUAAGUAGUUGGUGCUAUGAUUGAAGCAAAAUCUAGUAGCAAUGCAACAGGACCCUGUACUUGCUUUAUGGUGGUGGUUUGGGAAUGUGUUUUAAGCUUCAAAGUAUUGGGAGCCUUGUGGUGGGGUGGGGGAGUUGGGGUGGAGGAAGUUACCCAUGACAGACUGUUCCAGAAAGGCCGCCUGUGUGAAGAAGGCCCCCACCGUUUGUGUGAGCAGAGCAAACUGGGCGCUCUGUUCAGCUGCAUGGCCGCUGAGUUCUCACGUUUCCCAAAUGUGGAGGUUUGGGAGGCAGUCCCAGUGGGAUAUAGCGUAUCAGUCUGGAGAUUUCAUCCCAGUAGCUUUUCAGAUAUGUCUGUAUUUUUAGGAGAAUGUUGAAUAGGCCUUUAAUACUUACUCUUGAUAGGGAUACUUUGAAUGAGCUUAACCCAUUUGCCAAAUACCCCUUCCCCUUUUCUUUUGUUAUUUUUUUUUUCACUCUGUAACGUCUUUUGAUUUUUAAAUUUCUUCUUUUUCUGUCAAUUUUUAUAAAAAUAAAGUUGACAUCAUUAGGAUUCUGAAUGACUUAAAUUUAGCAGUUCUGGAACACAGAAUAUUAAGGAAGUCCAUCUUCAUUGUCAGUUUUUAUUAGCAUUUAGCACUUUAAGAACCCCAGAGAUACAGAAAUUUCAGAUUAACUUCUUCUAAGACGAGGUCAGAUUGUUGUGAAUUCCUAUGUUUGCCCAAAGACGUGGUAACAGCCAGUCAGCACCAGCACUGGACAGCUCCUUUACUUUAACCAGUAUUGGGCAGCUCUGCCAUCAGCACGUCUCUCCAAGGGUGGUCUCUGUGUUCUCCAGAGAGAGGAGGCCUGGCCUUCAGCUGGUUCCUGUGAGCAGGGCUGUGCUAGGUGACAGCUGUACCUGGCCCAUCAGUUUCCGCUCACCAGCUCUGUUACGGGAUGUUUCUAGUGGCACCUGUUGAGGCCUGUGGACAGACAGUAACCUUUACUCUUUGGGCAUUGGCUCUCAAUGUCGUAGAACCGGUUGCUGGCAAGGGUGGCUGGGUAGGUGUUGAGCAUGUGUGUUCAGACUCUUCCACCGUGACGUCUGUGAUGCUGUGUAGAGAUUUCUCCAUAUGUACUCAAGGGAGACACAGCCCCCUGUGUUUUCCCCAAAGCGUUUUAGUAGCAAGAGGGUGCAUAGAAAUCGGAGACUUGUCACUGACUUUAUAACCAGUGAAUGUGGAACCUUCCUGCCUUCCUGGUAAGCUUCCCUUCUCUAGUGAAAGCCGUACACAUGUAGUUAGGUCAUGUCUAUGUAUACACACACAGAGACAUGUAAAGCCGUCUCAUAUGUGUGGUUGACAUAUAACUUCCAGCUAAUUUUAUGUAGGUCAAAAAGUGAGCAGGUUUUGUACCUACAGACAGACCAGCUUAAUGGUGGCUUUUAUCCCACCGUGUCACAGAGCACCUUGCAGAUCGCGGGCUGGGAGAGUUAGCAGCGCAUCCGCCUGCCUCUUGGCUGAGGCGAGGGGGUGUGGAAUGACAGAAUCGCCACCCAGUUCAGGCUUAGCACUGGCGAUGCUGCUGAAGGAAAGCUGACCAGACUUUGCAUUGUCCGGGACAAGGACUCACCAAGAAGCCGAGUUUCUUCUUGAGAGUUGAUGGCUUCGUGUAGUCUGUGACUGAACUAGGAAGACACAAAGAGUUUUCAAGAGUUCCCCUGCUUGGAAGGUGAAUGUCACCUUUCAGUUUCUAUAAUAUAUAUAUGGGGAAAAAAAAUAGCCUUUUCCCUGGCAGUGUCUGUUCCUCUUUACAACAGAGUGAACUCAAAGCCUGUCCUUGAGACCUGGAAAUGUAAUCAUGGCUCAGGUUAUACACAUGAGCAGUCCCUCCUUAGUUGUCAGUAGGAAUCCAUUGAAUAAGCUGAGGAAAGGAAGGGUGAACCUUUGAUGGACCUGAUUUUCUUUUGUGCCUUAGUUUCUCUGGAUAGCAGAGUUAGCAAAUUUUAGUGAGGGGUUAAAGUGAGACUCUAUGUCAGGAAGUUUGAAACGGAGGACCUGCAUAUAAAGUGGCCCUCAGGUUCACCCUAAUUGAGUUGAUUCAGAAUGAUUCUAUGUCAAGUCAGUUUUUUUUGUUUGUUUGUUUUGGUUUGUUUUGUUUGUUUGUUUGGAUACAAAGAAUUCAAGAUGAGUUUUGCAUCACACAUACCAAAAAUGGUUUGUAGGUGUUUUAUUACAUUCUUUGUUGUGCUGUCAAGUGGUUUAAUGAUUAAGGGAGAGCAAAGGUUCCAAAAAAAAGUUUCAGAGGAAGUUAAUACUUCUUUAAGGCUAUGUAGUGGGAGUCUUUGAAUAAGAUUCUUUGCUGCUACUUUGAUUCGUUCAUCAAAUGUUGAGAGCCUGUGCAAGGUACCAGUGAAUUCUGGUGACUACAACAAGUUGGAAUCCUGCACCCAUGAAGCUUUCAGUCUGCUAGAGAAACAUGGAACAAAGUUGAGCUUCAAAAGCAAGACCUGUUUUUGCCUUUUAGUAUGCUUUUAUUUUAGAAGAGUUCCUUGGCUCCCAUUCAGAGCAGACUGGGAAAAAUCAGGCUCACAGUGCAAUCAGAUGCUGCAAAUCUCAAGCUGUUCUUUAAAAAAAACAGGAUUAGAGAAUCCAACAAAAAUCUUGUAACAUUUGGUCGAAAAGCUGGAAGACAUCAGAUAUUGAGGAAUCAAUUUGUGGUGGGAGGGGUACAGAGGAGAGAAGUCCAAGUAAAUGGAAAGUGGCACCGUGACAGCCUCUGCUCCCGUCAGGAACCCUUCCGUGCAGGGCAGGAAUUUGGGGUGUGCUGCUGCAGCCUCCCCACCCCCCUGUGGGCGCAGUUGCUCUGGAACACUGGCCAUCUGGGCGAACAGGAUUCUGCAGGAUGUGCUAUUUUAAAGGAGCUGGAGGCAGCCUGUGAAGACAAGAAUCGGGAGAGGGAGCCAGCGUAGCAAGCGGUGGUUGUGGAGCUGCAUGGUGGGCUGCCUGGUCCGAGGGAUUCCAGGCUCUGCUGACUUCUCAGGCCAGCUCCGUCAAAGGGACAUUCCUCACCCUGUCAUUCAACAUGCCACAGUUGAAGCCCUGAAGCAUACAAGUAGGAUUUCUGGAUGCUGUUAGUGACUUCUGAGGCUUACAAUUGGAAAACUGUCACAGGUUUGUUACUAAUGAAUUGGUGGUUGGUAAUCGCGACUCUUAGGGGGCUGUGUAGUGAAAGGAUACAGCUAGGUGUUAGGGCACCAUUGUAUGGAAUGAAAUCACCACAUGGUUCAGGGGCAUAAAUACUAUAAAGAGCGAGUUUUCUUUUAUGUAGAAAGUUUCAGCAAACUAAGACCAGAGUGUGUACCAUCAGAAGGUUCUCAUUAGCACAUUUGGGGAGAAAAGGUGUUCUGGGCUAUUUUAUGCCUGGGAAAACUGCACAUCCGGUGGGAAUGAUUCCGCUCGCUGGAGUUUGUGCUACACAGUGUCGAAUGAACGCAUCUGGGGCCUAAAGAAGGGAGACCUGCGUUUCCUGCCAGAGGCAGAUGCAUGUGUUCCCAGAGUCGUCCUGCUCGGCUGACUGACGCUAGGGACUGCUCUUCCCUGCCUCGGAGGCCCCAUGGCUCUCUGGUUUUCUGCCAGCCGUGUGAAACCUUUCCUUCUGGUCGCUUAGAUUUCUAUUCUGUACUCCCAUGAUCAUUGUUUUGAAAUCAUUUUGGUAAAAUACCGAGAGCAAUUCAACAUACUGAUUGAAUUUGCUUUUCUCCACUGUGCACUUAAAAUGACAUUGAUUUGUUCAUUUUUAUUCCAAGUCUCAUUUUCAUGGCAAGUUGGGCUAAUGACCUUUGCACUCAAGAAAGGUUUGUUUACCAGUUUUAUAGCCAUAUCUGGCAAACCUUAGCAAAUAGGAGCUCCUCCUUUCUUCCCUUCCCUCCUUGUUCUUGCAGUGGCUCAUGUAUUGCAAGAUUUUCUGGCUUUUCUUUAAGCUUUGAUACUACUGCAUCUAAUGAGAAGAACGAAGCCGAUAGGCAUAGUAGGCUUGCCAGUGGCACAGUCACUACCAUUUGCUUUGGUUCUAAGAGUUGGGGAAACUCUGAGAACUUAAGGGAACCAAACUCAGGAAUCCCACAGUUGGUUGCGUUGUGCCGUUGGUUGAGGGGCUGAAUAUAGGACCUGUGUGCAGCUGAGUGAGCUAGUUGUAUUUGGAUUUGAAUUUUUGUCACAUCCUGAGAUGUAAGUCAGCCUAAAUAAUCAAAACACUUUAUUUUAUUUUUCUUUUUUUAAUAGGAACUUUCUGAAGAAAAAGUGGUGUGUAAAACAUUUGAUAUUUAAGACAAUAAAGUUUUUAUCAUAA